AUGAACGCCGACAACAUCUCCAUAUCCUUCCCUCACGCGUCGUCGGCCACAGACGCCUCCCUCACGACGACGCUUGCCUCCAUCGUCAACACGUCCUACGCAACCGCCGAAGCCGGCAUCUGGACAGCAGGCCACGAGCGGACCAGCCCCGACGACAUCGCCUCACUCAUCCAAAAAUCCCAGCUCGCCGUCGUGUACAACCAUACCCGCUCCAAACAACCCAUCGGCUGCCUCGUGUUCAAGCUCAUCUCGCCUGCCCUGUCCAACUUUGGCAUGCUGGCACUCGAUCAGACACAUCGGGGCAGCGGGACUGGCGGACGCAUGGUACACUUUGCCGAGGAGGAGAGUCGCCGGCAAUUGGUAUGA